AUGGCUCAAUAUAACUUUAUCAGUCUGUGCGUUGGUGUGUGGAUCACUGCAGUCAUCCUGAGCAUCAACAUGGAUGUGUCUCUCGGAGAGCAAGCAGUGGAUUGCUGUUUGAAGGUUAGCCAUCAUCCCAUCCCGAAGCGCAUUGUUGCCUGCUACCGUGAGCAGCGCAAGGGUGAGGGCUGCCUCAUCAGUGCUGUUGUUUUUCGCACUCGCAAAGGUCGUGAACUUUGUGCCCCCCAUGAUGUCGACUGGGUUGCAGACGUGAUGAACGCAGUGGAUGCCAGGCCAAUGAAUAAAAACAGGGAUGAGCUUUGUUCAGGCAUGAAAGGCUAG